AUGGCAAGAACAGCUACUGAAGAUUCAACUACAUCACAAAUACUUUGUAACAAUGUUAAGCGACAGAAGAACACAGUUUUAUGUGAAUGUAAAAUUUGUGGAGCUCUUGCAAGAUAUUCUUAUUAUGGUGCAAUUGUAUGUCAUUCAUGCAAAAUAUUUUUUAAACGAAAUGCAGCAGUAUUGAAAUGUUACUUUGACAAUGAUUGUGAUAUAAACAUAAAUAAUCGUCAUACAUGUGCUUCGUGUCGACUUGCAAAAUGUUUUGAUAUUGGAAUGAGUAUUGAAAUGAUUCGAUCAUUUCGAUAUAUGAAAAAUGACAAAAAAGAAGAAAAAAAAUUGACUGGUGCUUCAAAUCCAUCAGCACCAACAACAUCAAUGAUAAUAAAUAAGAAACAUAUGCCUGAACAGAUUCCAGAAUCAAAUUUGACAGAACCUGAUCAAUCAACAUUAAGUGUGGAUCAAUGGAAUCUUUUAUCAAAUUUAGUUCAUCAUUUCGAUGAAAAUAGUGGAUAUGCAUUUGUCGAACGUUUUAUAGAAGAACAAAAUCGAUUACCUCUCAAGUUACGAUUCAAAUAUUCAUCAGUUUAUGAUUUUUUUACAUCAAUGAAGAGUAAUAUUCAACUCGUGUUCGAGAAAAAUCUUGAUUUUUUUUCAUUAUCUGACCAUGAUCGUACAACAUUACUUCGAUAUAUAGUAGAAUACACACCAAGUAUUGCUGGCAUGUUUAUAUUAUGUCAAUACAAAUUAUUUGACUAUCCAUCUUUUAAUAAUUCUGCUGAAAUGAUAUUUCAUCCAUCUGCAACAAUCUUCACUAAACGUGUUAUUGAUCAACUUGAUCCAGAUAAUACAUUUAUUAAAUUAAUACUUUCAAUUCUUGCUUUCUCGGCAAUAAACUAUAAUAUAUAUAGAAAAAAUAUUCAGAUUGGUUUCAUAAAUAUCAAAGCAAUUUUACCUAUUCAAGAUAUGUAUACAGAUUUAACAUGGCGAUAUCUUGUAUACAAAUAUGGUCAUCAUCAAGCUGUAAUACGUUUUUUAAAUCUUCUCAGUUGUCUUUUUUCUGUCACUGGUGCCAUGAUCGAAGAACAUGAAUCAUAA